AAUAAUCUAAAUCAUCUCUUGAUCGAUACUACUCGUAUGGAUAUGCUGAGGAGUGCUUGCUUCUAUUUCCUAUUAAUGCUUUUUGUCAUCCUUUCUUGGUCUCCUUUAUGCCAUUCUCGCCAUCUUGUACACAUGGAGAAGAAGCUUAGUAUGAAUCUUGAUCAUUUAACUAAGAACCAUGAAGAGAUCACAAAACUAGAAGCUCAAUCAACAAACAAGACGAACACCUUAUCGAGCCAAGCACAUGCCGUAGUUAAUCAUGGUGAUAUAAAUAAUAAAGGUCAUCAGACAAACAGGAAGAGAACGAAGGAAAAUCAUAGAGUAAAACGAGCAUCCGACAAAACUGUGGCGACUAAAAGAGGCUCAUCAAGAACUUGGAAACCUCCUAAGUAUUCAAAGAAGCAGCCUAGAGUAGAUCAAGAACACCCCGGUUUCAAUCUUGAUUAUAUGCAGCCCACAACACACCCGCCGCAUCAUAAUUAACAAUUAUGAUCAUGUAAUAACAGAAACGAAUUUCAUAUAUCGUACUUUAUUAUGUAUCAUAACCUUUUAAGUCCACGAAGA